CGGAGGGGAGAGUCUGCUGCCUCUGUCGUGGUUUGAUGGGGACCUUAAGGGGGUGGCCUCUAAAGGGGAUAUGCCAGCAGCGCUGGGGGGAGGGGUACUGGUGGAUGAGUGGUACGGCGUGCCGGCCCAUGAGCUCAAUGGCAUCCUGUUCAAGCCUGACUCAGAUUUCUAUGCUGAAUUCACUGCCGAGCGCAAGGUGUCUCAGCUUGAGACAGGUCCCUGGAUCGAGGGCGACGCCGCUCAGCUCCCAUCACUAGCGGACUCCCUGCCUCCAACCAUCACAUCAGCCAACACGCCCGCCACACCCCCCAUCAGCUCGCGAGUGGUUCGCUACAUGACCGCGCCCUCCUCCCUGGUCAAGUCUGUACUCGCUACAGAGCUGAUGCGGUAUAGUAGAGCAGACGCUGGGGGGUUUCUGCUGGGGGUGUAUGUGGCGACCCCAGACGUGCCGUAUGGGGGGACGUUUCGGACAGAGAUGCAGUUCUGCAUAACGCCUGCUUCAGACGGCAGCAGCUGCCACCUGCGGGUGUCAUGGGCGCCGUGCUUCCUGCAGAGCACCAUGAUGAAGAGCAUGAUCGAGAACGGCAUGCGCUCGGGGCUCAAAGACACGUACACCGCAUACCAGGCGAUCUUGUCCAAAUACGCUGCACCAUGCACGCCCCCUGGUGACUCCUCCGCACCUGCCCUCCUCCCCUCCGAGCCUCUGCCGAAGCAGCCGGUGCUGGCUCGGCUGUUCAACAUUCUGGGCCACUUCUCGCUGCUGCUCUUCGUCAUCUCCCUUGUGGUGCUCCCCGUGCACUUCGUACAGCGCGCCAAGGGCCUGCCAGGGGUGCAGCUGCUGCUGCUAGACUUACCUGAUGGGGUACUGGAGUUGAUGUGCACCGCUGUGAUUGUAUUGAGCGCUGAGCGCGCUCUCUUUCGCUUGAGGAACAUUCUCACGUCGCGACUCUUGAGAAGGGGUGACCAUGGGAAGAAGGCAGAGGGCGAGGGGUGGCUGUUGACAGUGACGCUGGUGCAGGGGGAGGGCGUGGGGGAGGGGGGCGGCCUGGGCAGCAAGAGCGACCCGUAUGUGGUGUUCACGUGCAACGGCAAGACACGCACCAGCUCCGUUAAACUGCAGACCAACCGGCCGAUGUGGAACGAGGUGCUUUCCUUUGAUGCGUUUGAGGACCCCCCAUCUACCCUGGACAUUGAGGUGUUUGACUACGACGGCCCCUUCUCCGACCCCACCGCCCUGGGGCAGGCCGAGAUCGACCUCGUGCGGCGCAGCAGCCAGGAGCUGGCGGACCUGUGGGUGCCGCUGCAGGGAGGCGCCAAGGCAGAGGCGCGCAGGGGAGGCAAGGCGCAUGGGCAGGGGCAGGGGCAGGGGGUGGAGCCGAGGCUGCAAUUGAGGGUGCUUCUAACGAGUACGAGCGAUGCAUCGGCGCCGAGGAUUCUGGAGCGGAUCAGCAAGCAAGUGGGCAAGGAGCUGCUACGCAUCUCGGACGAGAAGAACACCGCCUUCCAUAAUUUAUUCGAGCUGCCCGAGAACGAGCCGCUCAUCAACGACUUCUCCUGCGCCCUCAAAAAGAACCUCCUUUCCCAGGGCCGGCUCUUCCUCUCCCCCCGCCUGCUCGCCUUCCACGCAUCUCUCUUCCGAGUGCGCUUCAAGUUCGCGGUCCUCUGGGAGGACAUCGAGGAGAUCAAGGAGAACAUCCACUCACUCAACCGCCUCAACCCCUCGGUCACCAUCUACGUCAAGGGGGGGCGCGGGGGGCCCGACACGCGGAGCGCUGCCUAUGGUAUUGACCCGUCCGGCCGGCUCAAGAUCAGAUUCCAGUCCUUCGCUCGCCCCACCAUCGCCUUCCGCCUAAUUACGGCCCUAUGGCGCCACAGGGCGCUGCCCCCGGAGCAGCAGCUGGAACGGGCCAAGGAGGCGGCUAGUGCCGCUGCUGCGGCAGAGGAGGGCGGGGCCGAUGCAGGGGCAGGUGCAGCGCCAGGGGACAGCAUUGUGCGCAGCCCCUCGCAGGGCUUUGGGCCUGGCCAGGGCGGGAGUCCAGGCGGGGCAGCAGGAGGGAAAGGGGGGGCAGGGGGAGGAGGUGCUAGUGGUGGAGGUGGUGGUGGUGGAGGUAGAGGUGGUGGAGGGGUGGUGGCGGGUGACGGGGAGGCGGGGGAGGAGCAGGUGGCAGUGUGCACGGACCUGUAUGAGAUGAUCGACUGCAUCAGCACUGCCGUGCCCAUGACGGUGGAGCAGUUCCUGGCGAUGACGGAGCAGCAGCAGCUGCAGCGCAAGGUGGCAGACGCCACCGGUCAAACCCACCUGGAGGUCUCCGAUUGGGUGGCGGUGGACGGCGCGCCGCCCGGCGCCGCUCGGCGGCAGCGCAACAUAAAGUUCAAGUACUCGCGCCAGAUGUCGCCGUUCGGUACCACUGUGUCGGGUGUGCAGCAGGCCACAAAGGACGCGACACCUGGCAUGUGUGCAUGGGCCAUGCUUGAGGAGUCUAUCACGCUGCACCAAGUGCCGUUUGGGGAUUAUUUCCAGGUGGAGACGAAGAGGGAGCUCAAGGCACGGCAGCUGGUGAAUGGCAAGGGCGAUGGCAAGUCGGAUGCCAAGUCAGAUGGGAAGGCAAAUGGAAAGGCAGGAGGUUUUGAUGAGCAGGUGUCGGAUCUCAAAACUACGGUGGGCAUCACAUGGCAGAAGCAGGCGAAUGAGCGCACACGUGCCAAAAUCAAGGCGAACGUGGGCGAGUGGUUCAAGGAGCACAAUAAGAGAGUGCUGGACAUGGCAAUCCGGGAGGCCAUUGCAGCUACCCAAGGGUGAGGAGAAAAUAUUGGAAGGUCGGGAUGCUGCUGGCUUGAGGAAUAAAUUAUAGGGCGUUGAUUGGAGAGUAUGCUGGGGCUAACGAAGAAAUUAAACAGGAAGAAGGCACUAGCUAACAUAAAGAUUUGAAGAGCAACCACUUCCACGAGAUUGACUUCAAGAACCUCUAGUACUACUAAUAUUGACCUGGUUUGCUGAGAUUUAGGU